GCGAGAGCGGCGCUCGGUGACGACCGGGAGGGCGGGGCCCGUCUGGGGCGCCGGCGGGUGCGUUUGAAUCUGGUCCGAGCGCGGGAAACGGCGGGUCCCCGAGCCCAGGGUUACAAAAUAAAUGCCAUUUGAACAGUUCCAUCUGUCAUGGAAAAACGUCAGACAUUUGUACAAGCCGUGUCUAAGGAGCUGGUUGGAGAGUUUUUGCAAUUUGUUCAACUUGAUAAAGAGGCCUCUGAUCCUUUCAGCCUAAAUGAAUUACUAGAUGAAUUAUCAAGGAAGCAGAAAGAAGAAUUAUGGCAAAGGCUGAAGAAUUUAUUGACAGAUGUGUUGUUAGAAAGCCCGGUGGAUGGGUGGCAGGUAGUGGAAGCCCAGGGUGAAGAUAAUAUGGAAACAGAACAUGGCUCAAAAAUGAGAAAAAGCAUAGAAAUAAUUUAUGCAAUUACAUCUGUGAUUCUUGCUUCUGUAUCUGUAAUAAAUGAAAGUGAGAACUACGAAGCCCUACUGGAAUGUGUUAUUAUAUUAAAUGGUAUUUUAUAUGCAUUACCUGAGUCUGAACGAAAACUACAGAGUUCUAUUCAGGAUUUGUGUGUUACCUGGUGGGAGAAAGGCCUGCCUGCCAAGGAAGACACAGGAAAGACAGCCUUUGUCAUGUUGCUUAGGAGGAGUCUGGAGACUAAGACAGGUGCAGACAUAUGUCGGCUUUGGCGUAUCCAUCAAGCCUUAUAUUGCUUUGAUUAUGAUUUGGAGGAAAGUGGAGAAAUUAAAGAUAUGUUACUUGAGUGCUUCAUAAAUAUAAAUUAUAUCAAGAAAGAAGAGGGAAGAAGAUUUCUUAGUUCUCUCUUCAACUGGAAUAUAAACUUUAUCAGAAUGAUCCAUGGGACCAUUAAAAACCAAUUACAGGGAUUACAAAAGUCUUUGAUGGUAUACAUUGCAGAAAUUUAUUUCAGAGCUUGGAAAAAGGCUUCAGGGAAAAUACUGGAGACGAUUGAAAAUGAUUGCAUCCAGGACUUCAUGUUCCAUGGGAUACACCUUCCGAGGAGGUCUCCAGUGCAUUCCAAAGUGCGGGAGGUUCUGAGUUACUUUCACCAUCAAAAGAAAGUUCGGCAGGGCGUGGAGGAGAUGCUUUAUAGAUUAUAUAAACCCAUCCUUUGGAGAGGAUUAAAGGCCAGAAACUCUGAAGUUCGAUCAAAUGCUGCAUUGUUGUUUGUUGAAGCAUUUCCUAUUAGGGAUCCAAACCUUCACGCUAUUGAAAUGGACAGUGAGAUUCAGAAACAGUUUGAAGAGCUCUAUAGCCUUUUAGAAGAUCCUUAUCCGAUGGUCCGUUCCACAGGGAUCCUUGGUGUUUGUAAAAUAACUUCUAAGUACUGGGAAAUGAUGCCCCCGACCAUCCUUAUUGACCUCCUGAAGAAGGUGACUGGGGAACUGGCAUUUGACACGAGCUCAGCUGAUGUUCGUUGUUCUGUCUUUAAGUGUCUGCCAAUGAUUUUGGACAACAAACUGAGCCACCCAUUGUUAGAGCAGCUCCUGCCAACUCUCAGAUACAGUCUCCACGACAAUUCGGAGAAAGUGAGGGUGGCUUUUGUGGACAUGCUGUUGAAGAUCAAAGCUGUGAGGGCUGCUAAGUUUUGGAAAAUAUGCCCUAUGGAGCACAUUCUGGUUCGUCUGGAAACUGAUUCUCGACCUGUGUCUCGGCGCCUGGUGAGCCUCAUCUUUAAUUCUUUCCUGCCUGUAAAUCAGCCGGAGGAGGUCUGGUGCGAGCGCUGUGUCACCCUGGUGCAGAUGAACCACGCUGCUGCCAGAAGGUUCUAUCAGUACGCCCACGAACAUACCGCCUGCACCAACAUAGCAAAGCUGAUUCACGUUAUUCGUCAUUGCUUAAAUGCCUGUGUCCAGAGGGCAGUGAGAGAGCCUCCAGAGGAGGAGGAGGAGGAGGAGGACGGAAGGGAGAAGGAGAACGUGACUGUUCUGGAGAAAACACUGUCAGUAAACGAUGUCGCGUGCAUGGCAGGUUUACUAGAAAUCAUUGUGAUUCUCUGGAAAAGUAUUGAUAGAAGUAUGGAAAAUAAUAAAGAGGCCAAACUUUACACCAUUAACAAGUUUGCCUCUGUGCUUCCAGAGUAUCUGAAAGUAUUUAAGGAUGAUCGCUGCAAGAUCCCUUUAUUCAUGCUAAUGUCCUUUAUGCCGGCCUCUGCUGUCCCUCCAUUCAGCUGUGGUGUGAUUUCCACACUGAGAAGCCAGGAGGAGGGCGCUGUGGACAAGAGCUACUGCACUUUGUUGGAUUGCCUCUGCUCCUGGGGGCAAGUGGGGCACAUUCUGGAGCUUGUGGACCACUGGCUGCCCACAGAGCAUGCCCAGGCCAAGAGCAACACAGCUUCUAAACGUAGGGUGCAGAUCCAUGACACACGCCCAAUCAAACCUGAAUUGGCUUUGGUCUACAUUGAGUAUCUGCUGACUCAUCCAAAGAAUCGCGAGUGCUUGCUCUCUGCUCCUCGGAAGAAACUUAAUCAUCUUUUGAAAGCCCUUGAAACGUCAAAGGCAGAUUUGGAGUCCCUUCUGCAGACACCGGGUGGGAAGCCUUGUGGCUUCGGUGAAGCGGCCGCCCUGCGAGCCUUUGGCCUCCACUGUCGGCUGAGCAUCCAUCUUCAGCACAAGUUCUGCUCAGAAGGAAAAGUGUAUUUGUCCGUUUUGGAAGACACUGGCUUUUGGUUAGAAAGCAAAAUUUUAUCAUUUAUUCAAGAUCAAGAAGAAGAAUAUCUGAAGCUUCAUAGGGUCAUUUAUCAGCAAAUUAUCCAGACCUACCUGACUGUGUGUAAAGAUGUUGUUAUGGUAGGCCUUGGUGACCAUCAGUUUCAGAUGCAACUUUUACAGCGGAGUCUUGGAAUCAUGCAAACAGUGAAGGGAUUUUUUUAUGUUUCAUUACUUCUUGACAUUCUGAAAGAGAUAACUGGAAGUUCCUUGAUUCAGAAAACAGAUUCAGAUGAAGAAGUUGCAAUGCUGUUGGACACAGUCCAGAAAGUAUUUCAGAAAAUGUUGGAAUGUAUUGCACGGAGCUUCAAGAAGCAACCGGAAGAAGGCCUUCGGCUGCUUUAUUCUGUUCAGAGGCCACUUCAUGAGUUCAUUACUGCUGUUCAGUCUUGGCACACGGACACCCCUGUGCACCGGGGUGUACUUUCUACUCUGAUCGCUGGACCUGUGGUUGAGAUAAGUCACCAGCUACGGAAGGUUUCUGACACGGAAGAGCUUACCCCUCCAGAGCAUCUUUCUGAUCUUCCACCAUUUUCAAGGUGUUUAAUAGGAAUAAUAAUAAAGUCUUCGAAUGUGGUCAGGUCAUUUUUGGAUGAAUUAAAGGCGUGUGUGGCUUCUGACGAUAUUGAAGGCAUUGUGUGCCUCACGGCUGCUGUGCAUAUUAUCCUGGUUAUUAAUGCAGGUAAACAUAAAAGUUCAAAAGUGAGGGAGGUUGCAGCCACUGUUCACAGAAAACUAAAGACAUUCAUGGAAAUUACUUUGGAAGAAGAUAGCAUUGAAAGAUAUGAAGACUUGCUAUGUUGCCCAGGCUGGGCUCUAACUCCUGGACUCCUGGGCUCAAUCUGUCCUUCUGCCUCAGUCUCCCAACUGGCUAGGACUGUAGGCACACACCACCAGACCCAGCUAAUUUAAUUUUAAUCUAUAUGUGUCUUUAUUUUUAAAGUGUUUUUUUAAUAGACAGCAUAUAAAUGGGUCUUGUUUUUUGAUCUUCUCUGACAAUCUGUCCUAAAAUUGGUGCAUAUAUACCAUAUUCAAAGUGAUUAAUGAUAUAGUUGGAUUAAUAUCCACUAGAUUUGUUAUUGUCUUCUAUUUGUUCCCCUUGUUGUUUGUUCCUGUCUCUGUCUUCCACUCCUUUUUUGUCUUUUGUGGUUUUAACUGAACAUUUUAUGAUGCUACUGUCUUUACUAGCAUACCUUUUUUUUUAACCUUUCUUAGUGGUUGCUCUAGAGUUGGAAUUUUUAUUUGUUUUUAUCUUUCUUAGUGGUUGCUUUAGAGUUGGAGUUUUCAUUUAUAACUAAUCCAUGUUUGCUUUCAGAUGACACUAUACCACUUUGCAGGUGGGGUGAGUACCCUAUAAUAACAAAAUAAUCCUAAUCCUUGCUUCUCGUUCCUUGUAUCGUUGCUGUCAUUCAUUUUGCUUAGGUAUAAGCAGACAAGCAUAUAUAAUUGAAUAUAUUGUUGCCAUUAUUAUUUCGAACAAACUACAUCUUAGGUCAUUUAAGAAUAAGAAAAAUAAAAGUAUUUACCUUCACUUACUCCUUCUUUGAUGCUUUUCCUUUCUUUGUGUUGAUCCAAAUAUCCUGACACCUAUAUUCUUUUCCUUCCCUCCAGAGGACUUCUUUUAAUGCUUCCUUCAAGGCAUGUCUACUGGCAGCGAAUUCCCUUAAUUUUGGUUUGUCGGGGAGUCUUUUAUUUCUUCUUUAUUUCUUUGCAGGGAUAAUGUUGUGUAGUUUAUAAUUCUAGUUGGUGAAUUUUUUUCUCUCUGUACUUUAUUUAAUUUAUUAUUAUUUUUUGAGACAGAGUCUUGCUCUGUUGCCUAGGGUGGAACGCAGUGGUGUGAUCUCAGCUCACUGCAACCUCCACCUCCUAGGUUCAAACCAUUCUUGUGCCUCAGCCUGCCGAGCAGCUGGUAUUACAGGCAUGUCGCCACCACACCCAGCUAAUUUUUGUGCUUUUUAGUGGAGACAGUUUGCCCAGGCUGGUCUCGAAUUCUUGAUCUCAAAUGAUCUACUCGCCUCAGCCUCCCAAAUUGCUGGGAUUACAGGGGUGAGCCCCCGCACCCGGCCACUCUCUGUACUUUAAACAUUCCACUAUACUCUCUUCUUGGCUUGUGUGGUAUCUGAGAAAUAGGAUAUAAUUCUUUUUUGUUCCUCAGUAGAUAAGGUGUAUUUUUCCCUGUCUGGUGUCUUUCAGUACUUUUUCUUUGGUUUUCUGUAGGUUUAAUAUUGAUAUGCCUAGGGGUCAUUUUCUUUCUUUUUUUUUUUUUUUUUUUUUUUUUAGCAUUUAUUCUAUUCAGUAUUCUCUGAGCUUCCUGGAUAAAUUAUCAGUUAUUAUUGUCUCAAAUAUUUCUUCUCUUCCUUUCUCCCUUCUGAAAUUCUUAUUAUACAUGUUAACACCUUUUACAGUUGUCUCACAGUUCUUGGAUAUUUCGUUCUAUCAAAACAGUCUCAUUUUUGAAUUCUGUUUGCUAAUAUUUUAUUUGAGAAUGUUUGCAUUAGGUUUCAGAUAAGAUGCUAUGGCUGCUGGUUGUUCUGU